AUGGAGACUAAGACCAUUCUCAUGACAUCUUUCAUAAUCACCAGUUUAGUAUCAUAUGCGUAUCUAAGUUUGGGCCAAGAAAAGGUUGACGAUGAACCACUGAUCAGUCAUGUCGAGUUUGAUAGAUUGGAUACGAUAUCACCGGCUUCGAAAGAUUAUAAUAAUUAUAUGUUUGAUAACCUCCCACCAAAAUACAAAGCAAAUUUAAUAACCUGCAUAAAGAAGAUAGGAGGUGAGGAUAAUGUGAUAUGUUAUGACGAUGUUCUUGAAGAGAUUCUUACCAAUAAACGUGUUUCAAGACACUGUUGUAUGAAGGUAGUACGAGUUGGAAAAAAAUGUUACAUAGAAAUUAUUAAGUUGUCAUUUCGAUUCUAUCAACUCAAACAUUUUGCUUCUCAAGUUUCUUUUAAAACUAAUGAAGUUUGGAAUAGAUGUUCUGCUGAAGUUGAAAGUCCUUCAUCAUCUCACGAUGAUGCGAUUUAG